AUGGUAAAAGACAAUAUUAUUCACAUCGCACUAGAGCAUGAAGAUGAGAACAUGGUACAAUGCUUUUUAGAUACCUUCAGAGGAACCUGCAACGAUCUUGUAACACAGAAAGACGUAGAUGGCAACACAACUCUCCAUUUGAUGGCUGCUUCCAAUCUCAAAAUGCCUCAACUCAUAAAUCAUUUUAUGGCAGAUAAGGCGGCCUUAAACAAGCAAAAUUGCACUCCCCUAGACAUGGCACCUAGAAAACAUGGUGAUUUAUGGAUGGCACUCAGCAGAGCUGGGAGUACUUCGAGCUUUCAAAAAGUGAUGAGCUGCCGUCAAAGCGAGAUAAAGAAAGUUACCGUAGAGAAAGAUUUGUUAGCUCAAGAGAAGGAAAAACUAGCAGAGAUGAGGAAAACAUUUGACACCAAUAUGAUAGUGGCUGCAGUUAUAGCCACCGUACCGUUUACGGCUGGAUUCACCAUGCCUGGUGGCUACAACGAAAGUGGCACUCAAAAUCCAGUCCCAGGAAUGGCACUGCUAUCACAAAAAAUCUGCUUUUCAAGCAUUUAUGAGAAGUUUUACAUUUUUGAGAAAUAUGCCUAUGCCACUAUGUAUCUAAUUACUGCAGCCAUUUUAGCGAUGAUGGUUGCAUUUAGUACAACAACUUAUGUGGUGUUGGAACAAUCAUUGACCCUCGCAAUCACCACCUGCGUUGUUGGUGUCAUCUCUAUACUCAUUUCUUUUUUAUUGCGUUGUAAAUUUAUGUGGUAA